CACCCGGAAGCGCUGCACGCUCUCCUCUCUCCCGCACUCGCCUCUCUGCCGCCUUCUCCUGGCACACAGGAGUUUCACUUCUUGCUCCUGGGUAACUUAUCGACUCUAACCAUUCAGGUGCUAUUGUUUAGUGUCGGAAAAGAGGUGCCCGGUGACUUUUGUCAGGCGGCUGUUCAAACGUGAAGCCAGCAGCAGCGCGGUGCACAGGGAGCAGUCCCCGCCGUCACUCAGUGACAUUGACAACAUCACUGUGGUGUGCACAGUGACGUCCAGUCCUCCCAGCUUCAGCUACAAUGAGCGAAUACUUCAGCCUGUCCGACUGUGAUGUUAUCGGCUUCGACCUGGACCACACGCUCUGCCGAUACCACCUGAAGGAGACCUCCAGGCUGAUCUAUGAGAGCUUUGCCAGGUACCUGGUGGAGCAUAAAGGCUAUGACAAGGACCUGCUGAACCUAACCCCCGCUACCUGGGAUUUCUGUUUUAAAGGGCUAGUGGUGGAUCUGGAGGAUGGAAACCUUGUGAAGCUGGCUGAAGAUGGAACUGUCUUGCGAGCGACACAUGGAACCAAUGACCUCAGCACAGAAGAGCUCAUCAAACAUUACGGUCCAAAAAGGGAAUGGAGGCACUUCAACAGCCUCAAUACUUCCUUCACACGAUCAGCAAAAUACUACUUCUAUGACAACUACUUUGAUCUACCCGGGGCCCUCCUCUGUGGAAGAGUUGUGGACAUGUUGAACAAGCGAGGAACUGAGGUGAAUUCCGACUUUUGGAAAGACAUGGUUGCUGCUAUUGACCACAAUUACAACACAUCUGCAUUCAAGGAGGAUGCAGGGACAUACUUCCCCAGUGUGAAGAGGGACCCGGGCCGGUACCUGCAGCCCUGCUCGGACUCUGUGAAGACCUGGCUGCGCAGCAUGAAGAGCGCUGGGAAGGUCCUACUCCUCAUCACCAGCUCCCACAGCGACUACUGCAGGCUCAUCUGUGAACACAUCCUGGGGAAGGAUUUCGAAGAGCUAUUUGAUGUCAUCAUCACAAACGCCCUGAAGCCCGGUUUCUUCUCCUUGGUUCCCCAGCAGAGGCCCUUCAGGACCCUUGUGAACGACGUGGAGGAGAGCGAGGGACUGCCAUCGCUGGACAAACCUGGCUGGUACUCGCAGGGAAACUGGCCGCACCUCCACGAGCUGCUGAAGACCAUGACGGGGAAACCGGAGCCAAAGGUGGUGUAUUUUGGAGACAGCAUGAGGUCGGACAUGUUCCCCGCCAGCAGCUUUGGGAAGUGGGAGACAGUGAUGGUCGUGGAGGAAAUGGAGGGGGAGGGCGUCCAGAAGAGCGACGCGGCCAUGUCUAACGAGGCCCAAGUGGAGCCUCUGGAGAAAAAGGGCAAGUUUGAGGAGCAGGGUAUGAAGGCACCGUCUGCCGCCUCCGAGCAGUGGGGCUCCUACUUUGUUGACGUACAUAAAAGUGGAGGAGGGGACGAGGAGAGCCAGAAGCUGACCUGGUGCGGCCACUGCAUUCACAAAUACAGCGCCAUGGCCAUCCCCAGUGUGGAGCACAUAGCAGAUCUCCCUCUGGAUUACAAGUUCCCCAGGUUUUCUCCCAACAAGCCCUGCACCACCGGCUACUACCCCCGGCCCCCCGAUUCUCUGCUGAAGAGGUGCGAGAGCCUGUCGUAAAAAAAAUAAUAAUAAAAAUAAAGUAGGAAGUCCUCCCUUACCCCUCUGCCUCAGGAGAGGAAUGUGCCUCCAUUUUUGCCUGUAGUUUGUCACCUGACCCGCCCGCCAUCCGUGGAGCACAGGAAGCGUCCACUCAUCACCCGUUCAGAUAAAACCAUGUGAAUGUACGCCACAGUAUCUCUCUGUCAUAACGCCUACAUCUGAACGUUGUUUCGUGGUUUAGUCAGUGUACCGUACAUGUGGAAAUACAACAAGUGUGUGUGGAAGUGUGUGUGUGUGUGUGUGUGUGUGUGUGUGUGUUCAAACAGUAAUAAUAGGAAAUGUAGUGAUUUAUUGUUUCAUGUGUGAGGCCUCUUAAUUAUUUCAAUGGUCCUUCUAAUAGAGUGAACAUUUCUUUGACCCCUGAAGGGAUUACCUCACAAACUUACCCAGAAGGCCACAGUGUUUGUCCCUGAAGGUCCCUGUGGUAUCAUUGUGUCCGUAUUUUUCUGUAUCACACUGUCAUCCUAAAGUCUUCUUUU